CACGACAAUUCCUCUGUCAAUCUCUUCUCUUCAUUCCAUUUUUAGUCAAUUUCUAUGGCAAUAAUUUUUUGAAUUUUUGUAGAGUACAUAAGAUAUUUGGUGAUUAUGGACUUACAAACAUCUAUUGUUACACAUGUUGAGAAUGAGCAACCACAUGAUUUUGGUGGUGAAGAAGAAGACCUGGUUUUAUAUGAGUUGCAGCCCAGUUUUUGGGGAUUAUUCAUUCAUCGCUCCUUUCUCUGCGGCUCUCUUCUUCCUCCUUUCCCAUCGCUCUCCCGCUUUAUAUUCCCGUCGAUGGAUCGCUCCUUUCAUCGGCGAGGUCUCGUGGCAAGUGCAGAUGAUGAUGAUAUUUAUGUAAAGAAGAAAGCAAGGAUGCGUAGAUGGCUGUGUUGUGUCUCCGAAGUUGACGAAUCCUACCCUUCCCAUGAAACGGAGCUCCUUAAAAGUCCCACUAAACAUUCCGAUGGGCGUCAAAAAGGUCCAAAAGUGCCAAGUCCCAUCAAAGCCGAGGUGAAAACAGCAAUCCCACCUAUUGAGGUGCCUGUUUAUUCUCUAAAUGAGUUGAAGGAAAGAACAGACAAUUUUGGAUUAAAGGCGCUGAUCGGUGAAGGAUCUUACGGAAGAGUGUACUUUGCAAAUUCAGAAAAUGGGAAACCUGUGGCUGUGAAGAAGUUAGACGACUCAUCUGUGCCAGGACCAGAUGCCGAAUUCUUAACUCAAGUUUCUAUGGUUUCAAGGAUCAAACACGAAAACCUUGUUGAACUGCUUGGAUACUGCAUGGAGCGAAAUCACCGUGUAUUGGUUUAUGAAUUUGCAACCAUGGGAUCUUUACAUGAUGUAUUGCACGGAAGAAAAGGAGUGGAAGGAUCACAACCUGGGCCACCACUGGAUUGGAUGCAAAGGGUCAGGAUUGCUGUUAAUGCUGCAAGGGGACUCGAACAUUUGCAUGAGAAGGUCCAACCGUCGGUAAUACACAGGGAUAUCAGAUCGAGCAACAUCCUUCUCUUUGAUAACCUCAAAGCAAAGGUUGCAGAUUUUAACCUUUCUAAUCAACCUCCCGAUAUGGCUGCCAGGCUUCAUUCCACUAGAGUCCUGGGAACGUUUGGUUAUCAUGCACCAGAAUAUGCAAUGACCGGACAGCUAACUCAGAAGAGUGAUGUAUAUAGCUUUGGAGUUGUGCUUCUCGAACUUUUGACAGGAAGAAAACCUGUAGAUCAUACUAUGCCUCGCGGACAGCAGAGCCUUGUCACAUGGGCCACCCCAAGAUUGAGUGAAGAUAAAGUGCAUCAGUGUGUAGACCCAAGGCUCAAAGGAGAGUACCCUCCUAAAGCAGUAGCCAAGAUGGCAGCUGUCGCGGCAUUGUGUGUACAAUAUGAGGCAGAAUUUCGUCCCAACAUGAGCUUUGUUGUGAAGGCUCUCCAGACACUUUGGAGGUCUCAGGCUACCGCCACAUCAUAAAAUGCAUAAGAAUAAUUGAGAGCAUUAUCAACCAUACUAAUAAAAAGGAUAUUUAAUU